AUGCCACCACCCAGGGCACUCGGCCCCCGCGACAAGAGGCUACAGAGCCACCGCUGUAAGAACUGCCGCCGCGCUCGCACAAAGUGCGACGGCACCCGUCCAUGUUCCACCUGCCGCGUGCGCCGCGUGCAGUGCACCGAGGCUGUUGUGCCGUCGCAGCGCCAGCAGCCUACCUUCCUCCACUACCUGCCCGAACUCACUACGCCGCACCCUUCGCUUGACGAGACGGCCUCCCUUGAAGCUUUCUUCGCCUUCGUAGGCUCCGAGCCCCACUCGCCCAUCAGCCUGCAGUUCACUCCUACUGCUCUCCGCCCGUAUCUAUGCCGCCCUGGUCCUGUGAAGGCUGUUGCUGCCGCAAUCGGCGCUCUGGUUUCAACAAAGCGCCAGAAUCCCGCCGCUAACCACCUCCACACCUUCGCAAACACCCGCCGCAGUUUACACAGCGUGCUGCAUGUCGAUGCUGAUGAUCCCUUCAGCCACCUUUUAUUUAGUCUACUGCUGGCUAUCUUCGAGUUCUUGUACGAGUCCAGUGGUCUUGGCUUCUUCACAGUCAUGAACACCGCCUCCACACGCAUCAUAGCCAAAUGUGUUGCGAACAGUUGUCCUGAGAACAACUGGCUGCUCGUCCUCUACAAUUGGUUGGAUACCGGCCGAGCCCUGUACACCAGGGAAGAGCCUGCCCCAUGCCCCAUGACUCCACCCCCUCCAGAAACCUCGUCAGCCGAGCAGCUUGUAUUCUACCACAUCGUGAAAUUCCUCUGCCUUUUCUCUUCAUUGCACUCACGUGUGCCGCGUUGGUUGAGUCAAGUCGUCAACUUCGCAGAGGCUUGUCCACACUGUGGGCAGGAUCCGGCCGGAGGUAGCACGCUGCAUUGUCACCCAUGCGGUGAGCAGUUGGUGCAACAAGGACAUGUUGCCCUCGAAGAGCUUCAGCGCCUCGCCAUCGCCGUGAGCGAAAACGCCCAAGCAACGACGGACCCGAAGUACUGGAGCAGUAUCGCACCGGCCUGGUACCACGCGUGCGCCAUCAGCAUGGCCUCGCUGUAUGCCAAUGAAGCAUGGAGCAGCUUUGACCCUGACGCCGUCCGACCGCUGGUCGAUUCCGCGAAUACUGGUUUGCCCUGGCCAACGCGCCUGGACGCCAUCGAGAAUCGUAUCGCUGUCGUCGACUUCGAGGUUUUCUCGCUGCUACCGAUUCUGCUGAGCCUUUCGCUUGAGGUCAAUGACUUUGGCGUGAGAGAGCGCAUCGUGGCCCUAUACAACUCCAUCAUAGCCAAGGGGUACGCGGCAGGCACGUUUCUAAGGGACGGCCUGACUUAUCUGCAGAGCAUUUCCUUGGCCCAAUCGCAGUUGAGCCUUGUCGGCAGCUCUGGUUCGUUGUGA